UAUAUAAAUGUAAACUAAAUUAGUUUUUCUAUAAAAGCAAACUAAAAAUAAAUUUAAACUUAAUAAGGCCGUUUUUAAAUGCCACCAAAACCUUUUUAUUCUAUUUAUUUACUUGUUGUUAAGGUGUCAAGAAGUCACGUGUCUAAUAAACAUUUAGUUUUCCAAGCACCUCCAACAAACUCCCUCAAAUCCCGCCUAAACUGACUGCAUUGUGAGUUGAGCGAUUUGAUAUUCAUUUCUAAUUGGCCUUCUUUUGGUUUGCAUUUAAACGGGUCUAAUUGGUAAUAUCUUUGCAAAACAAUGGACCCGCUGGGGGCCCGCGCUCGUGUCCCCGGAGCUCUCCCAGAGCCCAAGACAAAUAAACAAGCGAGUCGUUUAUUAAAAGCAGCCAGGCAACCCGAAAGAGAUCAAUUCGGCAUUGAAUGGGACAAUUAUUACAUGCUGCUUCCGGCAAAUUGCCCGGCUGCCAUUGUGCUUUUGUGAUCCCGAGCACCUUUCUCCAUGCAUGUCAACAGAGAAUGGGAAUAUUCAGCAGGAUUAGUUUAAACGGCAUUAUUAUUUUAAACCCGUGUGGUAGAAAACAAGGUAAAUAAGAUUAGGCGCUAGUUGACUGCUUUCUCAUAAUGCUGGAGAUGCGGCACGAGGAAACGAGGAGGGGAUAAAUCCCAGGAACGGGGCCUAAUUUUCUACCCGGUGAGUAAAAAGAAUGGCUCGUCGGCCCUGUUUUGUCCCGUUCAAUAGCAGGUUUAAGGGAUUCGGUGUCUCUAGAAGAUAACGGGUGCUGCUGCUUCGGGUCGGAAAGGCCUCGUUCGGACCCCGAAUUACCUGCAGACCAGGGGCCCCAUGCGGAGGGGCCGGCGAUUCUCAUGUAAAACGCUCGGCUUUGUUUGGUGACGUUUCGGAGCUAUAAAGACCGGCCCCCGGCUUGCAGGUCACACCGGAAGAAGAGGACAGGGCUCUCCGGAUGGCUUCCGUCAGCGUCGGCGCGCACCAGAGCCGCUCCGUGCCCGGACGGGCUGCUUUCAGCAUCGACAGCAUCCUGGGACUCGACCGGGCCGAGCAGAGAACCGUCCUGACGGCGCCGCACCGACCCUGGACAGACGUGAACCCAGGGGGUCAGAACCGCGGCGUGGUCGCAGACAGCGGUGUUUCAGUGGACGUGAGGGUGAAUGAAGAGGGUAAAUCAUACAGUAAAUCACCGGGAGACGCUUACAGGAGAACACUGAACUGGUACAUCGGGCGCAGGCCGCGGACGGCGUUCUCCAGCGUUCAGAUCAAGAUACUGGAGAGUGUGUUUCAAGUCAACUCGUACCCAGGCAUCGACAUCCGUGAAGAGCUUGCUAAGAAACUCCAUCUAGAUGAGGACAGGAUCCAGAUUUGGUUCCAGAACAGAAGAGCGAAGCUGAAGCGUUCACACAGAGAGUCUCAGUUCCUCAUGGUGAAAAACGUCCUCAGUGAUUUACAGGAACGCUGAUUUUAUCAUAUUAUUAUUAUUAUUAUUAUUAUUAUUAUUAUUAUUAUUAUUUCAGUCGCUCUGUGACGUUGUAAUUUAUUAUGCAUGUCUCGCACGCUUAUGCAAUUAUUAAUCUUUUACUCUGAUUUAAACGCUGAAGACUGUUUGUUAUUGUGUUUGCUGAAAAUAUGGGAAUUAAAAUGCAAUAAACCGUUUUAAUCGAGGGUUUUUAA